UUUUGGGGGUGGGGGGGCGGGGGGGCUCAGAUAUGGAGGCAAAUGGGAGCCAAGGCACCUCGGGCAGCGCCAACGACUCCCAGCACGACCCUGGUAAAAUGUUUAUCGGUGGACUGAGCUGGCAGACCUCACCAGAUAGCCUUAGAGACUAUUUUAGCAAAUUUGGAGAAAUUAGAGAAUGUAUGGUCAUGAGAGAUCCCACUACGAAACGCUCCAGAGGCUUCGGUUUCGUCACAUUCGCAGACCCAGCAAGUGUAGAUAAAGUAUUAGGUCAGCCCCACCAUGAGUUAGAUUCAAAGACGAUUGACCCCAAAGUUGCAUUUCCUCGUCGAGCGCAACCCAAGGAAUACGGGAUAUUUGAUGUCAUAGAUGAACAGAUGGUCACAAGAACAAAGAAAAUAUUUGUAGGCGGAUUAUCUGCGAACACGGUGGUGGAAGAUGUCAAGCAGUAUUUCGAGCAGUUUGGCAAGGUGGAGGAUGCAAUGCUGAUGUUUGAUAAGACGACCAACAGGCACAGAGGGUUUGGCUUUGUCACUUUUGAGAAUGAAGACGUUGUGGAGAAAGUCUGUGAGAUUCAUUUCCAUGAAAUCAAUAAUAAAAUGGUAGAAUGUAAGAAGGCUCAGCCGAAGGAAGUCAUGUUCCCACCUGGGACAAGAGGCCGGGCCCGGGGACUGCCUUACACCAUGGAUGCGUUCAUGCUUGGCAUGGGGAUGCUGGGCUACCCCAACUUUGUGGCAACCUAUGGCCGAGGCUACCCCGGAUUUGCUCCUAGCUAUGGCUAUCAAUUCCCAGACUAUUUGCCGAUUUCACAAGACAUAAUUUUUAUCAACUAGCUCUUAAAGAGAGGCGUUCCAAAUUGGGGUUUGCUACCAUUGCUAGAGAGUGGACCCAGUCCGGGCCGGGGCCACCCCAGCUGUCAGUGCCCACUGAAACUGUCCUGGCUGCCUGUUUGAACGAGUGCUCUUUUGCUCAUUUUUCAAUUCUUGGAAAAGACUCAUGUCCUCAUUGCUUCAUUCAGUUUUGUUUUGUUUUGUUUUUAAUAAUUUUGUUCUCUAGUCCCUUCCCACUUUGCUUCUUGUAUGCACUGUGAACACUCCCCACCUUGGCCACUCACCACCCCUCUAGAAUGUAACGGGACCAGAAGGAAACUUCUCACAAACUGUGUAGAGCCUCCUCAAGGGAAUCUAGGAAGACGCCAUCAAAUUAUUUUAAAUAACUACCAAAUAGGCUUGUUGGGGCCUUUCGUGGGUGAGCUUUCAAAGUGCUGGUGCCCACGGCGGGUGGAGCUGUGUGACUUGGAGCACCUGUGUUCCAUGGUGGAUGGUCCCAGAAGUAAACACACACAUAACACACAGACUGUUCUGUAAGUACUGAUGUGGAAGAUGUAAUCUGGAAGAAAAACGACGUAAGCAUUAUCUGGUUGUCUUUGUCUUCUGGGGCCAGUCCCUCAGUGACUGUUGCCAUAAUGAUACACACCUGUCUUCAGAAAGGGCCAGGGGGGUCACCCAGGUGCUGCCACAGCUCAGGCCCUGUAGGUGCCAGUCCACGCCAGGCCCCUCUUUCCCCAGCAUCUCUGCCCUCACCUCCCUGCCCACUGGCCUUGCAUUCCCUGCUGGCAUCAAGGGUCUCUUGGCCCACCGGGGUAGGAGGGGACGAACACAGAGGGUCUGUCCUGAUCAGGUUGGCACUUCUGAUGGUCACCCCCAGAAGGGCUCUCUUAUCCCACGACCCUGACCCUCCACUUCCCUGCUCUCUUAGAUUAAUGAAGUACAGCUCAGUUGGGCCCUCAAGGGUCACCCCUUGUUCACGCUCAUGGUUUGUGAGAAGUGCCCCGUGUGCUUCCGUUGGAUGCAUUUGACGUGAGCAGAUCCAUCCGCUUGAAUGUCAGUGUCCUUCAGACCCAGCCUGUGCGGUUUGGCUCAUCUCAUUAAAGAUGCUUGCUGCAAUCAUUGGUUAGUUUCCUUUUAUUUUCCCAUGGGCCUUUUCACAAGUGCUGUUUUUUGUUUCUUUUUAAAUCUACAUGGCUUUUUUCCUUCUUUAUUUUGUUCUGCUGUGAAUUGCUUCGCUUUGGUGAACUUGUCCUCGUAUGCUUGCCUCCCAGACGGUUCAGCCGUUGUGCGUUUUCUUCGUCUCUGUGAAUAGUUCAUCUGUGCUUCUACCUCGUGACGUUUUAUUUUUACCCCUGUAAGCAACUGAGGUAGAAAAAUAAAUUGUUUACCACGGACAUGCUGUGUGCUGCCGUCUCUCAGCCUGACAGUGUCCUGUUCUCGCUCCGGGGGAGGUGAAUGCACUAAGUAACUGGUACCAGUGACAGCCUGGCGCGGUUUCUGCAAGCAUGUGCACUCCCUCUGGCUGCCGCCUGUCCCCAGCCCUCCCUGCUUCCCCGCGCCCCCUGCACUUGCUCGAGGUGGCCCUGUCCUUGAGCGAUGGCAGAGUGUUUGCAUGCAGUGGCUGCAUGGUCCGCCCCCGACCUCUUCCUCUGACAUCACCCCUGACCUCUAGUGAAAAUGCCACUGGAACAUCUGGAGCCCCUCGCAUCUGCACACCAGGUGUGGGUGUGAGCCCGUGCAUGUGCUGGGUGCACCAGCCUAUGUGUGGUUUGCACGUGGCUUGCUUUCCUAACGCCCCUGUGCAGUGCAGGCUGGAGGAGGCACCUGUGUUGCUGGACGCGAGGCUAGAAGAUCUGAUUUCCAGGUCCUGCUGGGCUGCAUGACAGCCGUGUAACCUAGAGCAAGUGACAGCCCUCUGAGCCCUUGGGAUUAUGACAGUGCCCAGUGAGUUAGGUUGUUAGAAUUAAGUAGGAUAAUGUGUAUAUAUGGACAUGCCUUGUAAAUUGGUAAACGCUAUACAGUUGGAAGUUUUAGAAAUAGUGGGCAUUGGUGUUCUUACUCUGUCACUCCCCAGAGUGGUUUUCUCUUCCUCUUCACCAGUGAAGCUUCCUGCUGGAGGAUCUGCUGAUCAGUGAAAGAAAUGAUAUUAGAUCCCCCAGAGAGUUGCUGGGACUUCUUGCAUCACCCCCUCCUCUUCCCUCCCUCCCCAUUUACUGAUCUUCAGGCACUGGAUUAGGCACCAGACACCUGGAUGUACAUAUAGACUCACUCCUUCAAGAUGCUCAUGGUCCAGCUGAGGAAGAGUGAACCAGUACUCAAACCCAUUGAGCAUCAGGGGACAGGUGCUUAUCUGGAGAAGGGGAAUGUCUGUCUGCUAUGAGGGGACAAAGACAGGCUGCCAGUCCUGCCUGCGGGGACACCAGAACUGGGUCUUACAAAGUUAAAUGAAAUUAGCUGGGUAAAAGAAGAGAAGGAAGUAUAGUGCAGGCAGAGAAAUGACAUGCUUAGACAUUGAAUCGAGUAGUUUUAAGAAAGCAAGCAAGCACAAAUGUAAGAAAACACACAAUAAUAAUGGCCUAAACAAAAUAAGAAUUUGUGUUUCUCUCUAGUGUGAACAAAGCCUGGAUGUGGCUCCAUAGUAUUAGAGAUCCAAGUUUCUUUUUAUGUUCUAUCCUCUUCAACGUAAGACUAACUCAUAGUCUAAGAAGGCUGCUCAGGCUCCAGCCAUUACAUAAUCAUCCCAGAAGAACACACCUCUUCUUGUUUGUUUGGUUGGUUGGUUUUAGUAUUUUUUAGGGGGGGUAAUUAGUUUUUUUUUUAAUGGGGGUACUGGGGGUUGAAUCCAGGACCUUGUGUAUGCUAAGUGUGCACUCCACCACUGAGCUAUACCCUCCCCCUCCACCACCUCUUCCCUUUAAUAAACACUUCUCAGAAGUCAUGCAUGAUAUUCCACUUAGACCCCACUGGCCAGACCUUAUUCACGUGGCCAGUUUUAGCUGCAAGGAACCUCAGAAAUGUCUUUAUUCCAGGUAACUAUGUGCCAGCUAAAAACAGGAUUCUGGUAUUAAGGAAGAAGAGUGAAAUAGCUUCUAGGGAACACAGCAGUCUCUGCCACAAACCUGAGCGAGGACACAGUGCAGGGCCCAGGGAUUAACCGCAGUUCAGUGUAUUGGGGCAGAGUGGGGUUGAGGGGUUUGCAGUGGAGACAAGGCUAGAGAGGGAAGUGGGGCUGAGUCCUGGCAGGCCUUGUGAGUCAGGUUCCAGAAUUCACAUUUGAUCCUCAAAGCAUACGAAAAGCCCAUAGAGGAUUUUAGUUAGAGGUGUAAUGUAGUCAGAGUUCCAGCGUGAGUCAGAAGGGGUUUAAAGAGGUAAGGGGGCCAGUGAGGAAACUGAGAGGGAGUUCAAAAGGAUACUCCCUUCUUUCUGCUCCCCCGCCUCCUCUCUGCCUCACCCUCUCUGGACUCUGUUCUUCUCCUCCUGCCUUGGGUUGACUGGUGGUCCUUGGGGGUCUUUCAGCUCUACUGGGGGCAGCAGGGUUAAUGUAGCCCCAGUUGCCAAAAAGUCUCUGAGCCACAGUCUUAGCUACAGACAUGGGGCCCUCGGGGCAGCCAGGAGAGUCAGGCUAGCAUCCCAGGCUCAGUGCUCACACCUCCCUCCUGGGAUGAUCGUGUGGGAAUGGGCAGUACAGGUCCCACGUGCAGACCCUGGGACUCUGGUCCUAGAAGUGCCCGUUUGUGCUUCUACCUUCUCAACGAUGGAAAACAGGCUUCCUCUCAGGUGCUGAUGUGGACUGAUGAGGACUGGCUUCCUGGAGCUCUGGCUUGAGAAGGAUCUUGAGGCCAAGUCUUAACUCAGCAGGAAGGGGGCUGUGGUUGAUCUGCGAUGCCCGCGCGGUUGCUGGAUCCGGGACUCAGGCCCACGCAGCACGUAUUUUGCCUUCCGUAUUCCAGUCUAAGGGUGGAUGGUUCUAGGGUGCUGGUUGGUUUUUGGUCCGUUCUGUUCCACAGGGAGGGAGGGGGGUGCGGCCUGAGGAGAGGUGCUGUAGCUCGGAGGUACCCUGUUCCCUCUGGAGGAGAAGCUGCUAGCCUGUCUCCGGUUGGGGCUGCUGCAGUGUACGCUUCGGUCAACUUGUCUAGCCUUUGAGCAGAGGCCAAGGCUCAGUGGUCCAUCUUAGCCCAAGGGCUGCAGCUUGAGUGUGGAAAGCAGAAUGAAGAGAGCCUGAGUUCUUGGGAGGGGAAGGGGUUUGCCUUAAACCGGAUGAUUGGGGAAAGCAGCCUUGGCCCUGGGGAAGGGGCUGCUUCCUGAGCCAGCUCAUGCCCAACCUGUCAGUUGUGCCAAGUUUACAACAUUUGGAAAGUACUCAGAAAUGCUGAUAGUUGCCCACCAAAGGCCCCGACCCCGCCUGGGUGGGUAACCAGGGCCUCUGCGGGGAGCGACUCUGGGGUCCUUCCAGCCCCUACUCGGGAGACCUGCCCUUGCACUCCCACCAGGAGCAGUUCUCAGAGGGAAAGGAGUAAGUCACCCCACCCCCAGCCUUCUGUGACUUUGUCAGAGGACAAGAUUCCGGGGUCACUGUGGUGGAAUCGUAGAACCAGUGGCUUGAGAUGAUCCCUCACUGGGAUGUCAGUUUAAUCUCAGGACUUUCCUCCUGCUUAAGUUUGUAAGGGGCUGUUUCCUCACCCCCUGCCCCAGAAGUGCCCCCACCGGGAAGCCUGGUGGACCCUUGACGUGGUAGGUCCUCGGGUUCUGCCAGUGCUGCCUGGCUCGGUGCUUCCCGCUGGGAACCAGAACGGAGCCCACCCAGUGAGCGAUGGCUGGUUCCUCGCUGGUGGGGGGAGCCCAUCUUGAAAUGCCAAGACAUAACCACGGACCCCGGUGCCCACAGCGACGUUUCAGCACUGUAAGCUGCAACACUCCCCUGUGAAGGGGAGCCCCUCCUGACGUGGCAGCCCGCAUGCAUGUGCUGCACCCCCAGCCCCCUAACCUGCACAUCCGUCCAGCCCUGAGCUUCAUCUCUAGGGGUUACCCCCUUCACAGAUUGGGUCCACAGGCAGAUUUUAAACACAAGGCAGCUCCUCCUGUGGCCACCUGGCCCUCUGGGUACCUAGGGUUUAUCCCCUCAUUUGAAUAUUAAAGGCAAGCUUAGUGAGGGCAGUGUACCUGCUGGCUUUAGAAGAAAAUGGAGAAGUAAAUUUCAACAGAGCACCCAGAUCCUGGCCCAAGCUGUGGAUGGGCCUGGCUGCCACGCCCCUCCCUUCACGAGGAGAAUCGGGAGCUGAUGGCUGUUCCCAGAUGAAAGCAGAGCUUGGUGCCUAACAGGCACGUGCUAAAUGUUUGCGGAAGUGAAUUGGCGAGCUCUGAAUCGACAGGCAUUGCGGAUUUCACUUUUGAUCAGGUUCCCUUGCCUCUUGAAGCUCCUCUCCGUGAAUAAAAGGAAAUGUGACUCCGGGGUGCUGAAGCCGGAGCCCCCGUUCUCAGGUGGGAAGUCAGGAGACUGAGUUCUCGCCCCACAGCUUGCCAGGAGAGUGAGGCCAUCUCUGGGCCUCAGUUUUCCUAUCUGUCCAAUGGGGUUGUGAACCCCUGUCCUGUCCUCCCCUAUAAAGUUUGUUGAGAGGGUCACUGGACCAGGCAGGACCUAGCGCUCUGGGGAAGGGGAGUAGCCGGGGGGUGGGGGGGGGGUCCUUCACCCGCAGCAGUGAGGGAGGCUGUGGCCACGGCUUCACACCUCGUUCUCUGAAGCCCAAGGACAGAGCCCACAGACCCUGUCUCCCCCAGCAGUGCCAUCCUUGUCCCCCUGUCACUCCUUCUUGCAUACCACUGGGCUCCCAAAGUCCCUAGUAAGCCAGCCAGCAUGGACAUAAUCACCUCUCUCAAGCCCUUCACUUCUCAUUUCCAUCAGCAAAAGCAAGUAAAAGGCCACAGCUUAAGAAACAAAACAACAACAAAUUAGAGUGUGAGGUUAUAGGCAGACAGCAGCACCAGGCCCGAGGGGUAGGCAGCUCCUGCCUCCAGGACAGCCCAGGACAAACCAGAAGGCCAAGGGGGCCCCCAUUCCCUCCUCCUCCCCAGGCUGAAAAGAGAGAGCAGAGUCCCACCCAGAGACAUUCUCCCCGAGUCCAGGUCAGUUUGGCCCCCCUGUCCCUGAGAGACCCCAACCAAUGCACCGCCUGUGCUCCUUGGGCCGUCAGUUGUGGGGGGUAGGGAGGAGCACGAGAGUGCAUUCUCGGUGGUGUGCUGGAAAGUGUUGUCAGGACCUGCCCCAGGCUGGGUCCUCUCUGGCACCAGAACGUGAUCCGGAGCAAGGAAGCAUGGAGGUCAGAGCCUGGAGGCCUCCCGCAAGUGGCUAAUGCUUCCCUAGGUGGUCUGACUGGUGUGCAGUGUAAGCGAGAGGCAAGGGGAGUCACUGAUUUUGCCUGGAAAGCUUUCAGGAAAGGGCACUAUGUGAAUUGGGUUUUGAAGUGCAAAUAGAAGUUUACCAGGCAACCGAGGAAGGAAGGCUAUUCCACAUGAGGGGACCAACAAGUGUAAUGGCUUGAAAGCAUUAUGUGUCUUCCCUUCC